CCAAGACCAACGACACUACCUCUCAGUUGCCUCUUGCUGCUUGUGGGCACAUGGCCAGGCUGGUCUAUCUCACAUCCCCUGCUGCAUCGCUGAUCACUUCUCUGCCCUCACAUGAAAGUGUAACAUAUAAUUAAGCAGCAUAUCACAUGCUAUUGACUCCAUAACAACAUCUCCCACACUGGCUGACUCGAGAGUAGUGCAAGUGAAUACACUCUACUCACUGAUCAUUAUAAAUGGAAAACGACAACCCUGAGGAAUGCAAAGUGUGUAUCGUCAACUAUGACAAAACUAAACAUCGUCCUCGCACUUUACCGUGUGGACACACAUUUUGCUCGCUGUGUCUCACUGGUAUGAUUAAGAAGGACAACCUCACCUGCCCCACCUGCCGUGUCCAACAUAAAGCUUCAUCCGCUACCCAGUUCCCCAUUAGCUAUGACAUGGAAGCCAUCAUACGAAAACUGAAAGUUUUGCAGCUGACAGUAACACCAUCACAGCCUAACGAGCGACGAUCAUUGAUACAGGAGAAGGAGGACAGCAUCAGUCGACUCCUUGGCAGUUUUCAGGAAGCUGUGAUCCAGCUUGAGAGAUACGAAGCGCAGCUUCACGACUGGAAGACUCAACAUGAGGAACUACUCGCCAAAAUCAACGAUCUGGCAGAACGAAAUAAAGCAGCGUUAAAACUGCUGGAAGAUGAGUUAAGUAUUUUGCUGUAUCAGCGGAAAAAGGGUGAAGAGGGAGUAAAGCGACUGAAGACAACGCAGGAAAGUCUGGCGGCGGCCAAUACUACCCUGGAGGCCGCUACAGCCCUGGACGACAGUGACCGCUGCAAUGCUGACGUGGAAGAAUGGAUCCAGAACUGCCAGAAGAUCUUUCCCGAUAUCACUACUAUCCACACCUCCUUGAAAGUGCGGGAAUCGACCAAGAGGGCCCUGGAGAUGAUGGCAGACACUCACACACCUGAAGAUGCUCCACCUCUCCUCGGAGACGCUAACUACACCAUCAUGGAAAAAGUGGAUCAGCUGGCGCCAAUAUUAUCAAUCGAGAACCUCAGAAGGCUGAGUGGACCUGUUAAGGCUUUGAUAGAGGGAGAGAAGGUAGUUGCUGUCCAACAGGACCAAGGUCGCCAGCUUUCGUCUCGCAUCACUCUACACCGAGGACGGCUGCAUCUGCACACGCUCUUGGACCAGCCUACACCAGUCCAUGCCCACACUCUCGAGCACGGGACACUAAUGAGUCUAUUAGAUCGUCGGUCCACUCUGGUCUUCCUGGAUCUCGGCUGGGCUGGAAAUCCCCGAGGGAGAGUCUACAUUCGCCUGAGCCCUGAUACAGGACUCGCUAAACAGUUCCUCUUAAUGUGCACUGGCCUGCGGGGUGUCACCUACGCCAACACGCGCAUACUGGAGGUGUGGAACAAGGGCACAGAGUUUGAGAUGGUGGGAGGCGGGGACUACGAGUGUAACAAUGGCCAGGGAGGAACACCUCUUCUGGAGGGGCUGACCAACUGUGAGGCGUAUAAGAGACCAGCAAGAGCUGGCACGGUUAGAGCUCUUCACGGCCCUGAGAGCAACAAGAGUGCUCAGUUCUCAAUCACUACCAGAGACUGUGUCAACAGAGAGUGGUAUUGGGCCUUCGGCCAGGUGGAAAGCGGCUUGGAUGUAGUGAAGACGGUAGCCAGCCACAAGAGUAUCAGAGACGUGACAGUGAUGGAUUGUGGCGUCCUGCUGCCUCCUUGAUUCACUUUGUCGUCUCGCUGCUCAUCUACAUAAAAAAAUCAAAAUAUCUUUGAUGGCGCGAGUGAACCCACGUGAGUUCUACUGCCUCGUCGAGACCUCUUCGGACUCUUCGUUGUCCCAUUGCUCAAGUUUAACAUAUAUAAUGGCACAAGUGAAUCCAUGUGGCCUCUUUUGUGCCAUUAACUAAUGCUUAACACACGUCUUUGUUUGGGUCUGUGAUACAUCUACAAUCAUCACAGACUGCAAAAUUAACUUUGAGCAGCAAAUAUUUUGAUGCAGUAAAGUCGAAGCCUCAUCAUCAAAACAAAACAAAAAUUCUGCUCAAAUCUCGCACAUACGACCCGGGACGUGCAAGUGCAGUUUUUUUUUUUUUUUUUUUUUUGCCCAGUUACAGUUUUAUUUUUUACUUAAUAUAAAAUGCUAUAUUUUCCGUGUUUAGAUUUAUGUUUCAUGUUGAUGUUAAAUAACCAGUGAGUUUUUAUUGUUAAAAUGUUAUUUUAAAAGUUCUGUCAAUGUAGUUACUGACCAGUUUAUUCUUUUAAUACAGUUGAUUAUGAAACAUGUGUAAAUAAAGAACAACACAUACUA